AUGUUUUGUUAGUUGAACUCAACCUGGCAAGAGAGAUGGAAGUGCUGAAUGCUCGCAGUGUCCUGGUGACUGGGUCCAAUCGGGGCAUAGGUUUGGAAUUGGUCAGGCAAUUGGCUGAAGGAAAAAAUAGGCCAGAAUGGAUCUUUGCCACCUGCCGGGACCCAGACGGACCACGUGCGCAGGAGUUGAAGAAUCUGGCUGCCAAGCACCAGGGAGUGAAAAUCAUCCAACUGAAUACCACUGAUCUUUCCAGCGUUAAGGCUGCUGCAGCCACAGUCACUAAGCAGCUGAAAGGAACUGGACUUAAUCUGCUGGUAAACAAUGCUGGGAUUUUAGACGCAAACUCUCAGGAUACAAUGGAGAACAUGUGUAAGAUUUAUGAGACCAACGUUGUUGGGACCAUGAUAGUGAGCCAGGAAUUCCUGCCCUUGCUGAAGAAAGCGUCUCAGGAAAGUCCCCUCAAAGGCAUGAGCUGCAGCAGAGCAGCCAUUGUCAACAUAUCCAGUAUAGGGGGCUCCAUCACCGAUGCCACUGUAUCAAGGGCAAUCCCUUAUCGUUGCAGCAAGGCUGCUCUGAACAUGCUCACAAAGUGCCAGUCCUUGGAAUUUGCCCAAGACAAUAUCCUGUGCAUUGCGGUGCAUCCUGGAUGGGUUCAGACAGACAUGGGAAAGUCAGUGGGACAGCCCCCAUUUACAGCAGAGUUCAGUGUGAAAGAGAUCCUAAAUACCAUUGCUAAUCUCGCAGAAAAAGACAAUGGUACUUUUGUGAACUGGGAAGGGAAAGUCAUUCCUUGGUGAGGUUCUGUUCUCAACAGUCUGAAUUUGUGCACUGCAGGAGGAGCUGCUCACCACUGGUAAUGCAAUUACCUGCUUAGCCGUGUCCUUGUCUUCAAUUAAAAACAGUACAAAAUAUA